AUGCCUCAACUCCUCAGCAACAGCAGUCCACAUGAACAGGCUGCUGUUUAUUAUGCAUCAGAAUCCAUUGUCUCUAUUGCUGUCUUCAUCGUCGUUUUCAUCGUAGGUAUUGUAGGCAAUGGAUUGGUGAUCUGGGUAGCUGGUUUGAAAAUGCAAAGGUCUGUGAACAUUGUCUGGUUCCUAAACCUCGCUGUGGCUGACUUCAUGUGCUGCUUGUCCUUGCCGUUUUCCAUUGUUCACCUGGCCCUCCAUGAACACUGGCUGUAUGGUUGGUUCCUCUGCAAAGUCAUUCCCUCAGUCAUUAUCUUCACUAUGUUUGCUAGCAUCUUCCUACUCGUGGCCAUCAGCAUUGACCGGUGCCUCCUUGUGAUGAGACCUGUCUGGUGUCAAAAUCAUCGAACAGUGAAAUUUAUAUCACUAAUAUGCAGUGGCAUUUGGAUCCUGGCCUUCAUUUUUUGCUGCCCUGUCUUCUACUACCGUGAGACUAGCACUUACAAUGGCAAAACUGAGUGUGGGUACAAUUUUGGAGAUGAUGAGGUGCUAAAUGAUACGGAUGAUUCUGUAUAUGACUUAUUGGCAGAAUAUUCAUUUUCAGCCUACAAUGGUAAUGACUCAUGGGGAAAUUUCUAUGAAGGUGAUUAUUCUGUAUCACUUCCGUUAGUGGUAAUAAACAUCACCAGGGCCGUCUUUGGCUUUUUACUCCCCUUCGGCAUAAUGGCAGUUUGCUAUGCCCUUAUUGCUUUCAGGACACGUGCAAAACAGCAUCACAAGCCACGCAACAGGAUGCUGCGAACAAUUGUGCUUCUGGUAGCUGCAUUCUUCAUCUGCUGGGCGCCAUACCAUGUAGUUGGAAUUCUGUCCCUUGUACCUACUCUUGGAACAGGACUGAGAGAGUCACUGAUCCUCUGGGAUCACCUCUCUACAGCACUUGCAUAUGCCAACAGCUGCAUCAACCCCCUGCUCUACGUUUUUGUGGGACGGGACUUCAGGGCAAAGGCAAAGCAAUCAGUGCGAGGAAUCUUGGAAAGUGCCUUUACUGAAGAGCCAACGCAUUCAACCCCUUACUCCCUUGACAGAAGCAGGACUUCCACAGAGAAGGAUGCUCACAGCACAGUUUAA